UUAGUUGCUGCUGAACAGUCGAAGCAAAAUGGACUCUAAAAAUGCACAGAAAACUUGGGAGCUCAGCAAUAGCGUCGAAAGUGUUAAUAGCACAGAUGAUAUUUACCGCUAUGACAACAAGCAACAGCAAGAUAUAUUAACAGCAAAACCCUGGGAAAGGGAUCCCCACUAUUUCAAGCACAUCAAGAUAUCUGCUCUGGCUCUGCUGAAGAUGGUGAUGCAUGCAAGGUCAGGGGGUAAUCUGGAAGUGAUGGGGCUGCUUCUUGGAAAAACUGAUGGCAACACAAUGAUUGUCAUGGAUGGUGUAGCUCUCCCAGUGGAAGGAACCGAGACUAGAGUGAACGCUCAGGCUCAGGCGUAUGAAUACAUGGCUGCUUACACUGAAGCUGCCAAGCAGGUUGCCAGACUUGAGAAUGCUAUAGGAUGGUACCACAGUCACCCUGGUUACGGAUGCUGGUUGUCUGGUAUUGAUGUCAGCACUCAGAUGUUGAACCAGCAGUUCCAGGAACCAUUUGUAGCUAUUGUGAUUGACCCUGUGAGAACUAUAUCUGCUGGUAAAGUCAACAUUGGAGCGUUCAGAACAUACCCCAAGGGUUACAAACCUCCAGAUGAGACCCCCUCCGAGUACCAGACUAUCCCACUGAACAAGAUUGAAGAUUUUGGUGUGCAUUGUAAACACUACUAUUCACUUGAGAUAUCCUACUUCAAAUCAGCUUUAGAUCGACGUCUGUUGGAGUCACUGUGGAAUAAGUACUGGGUCAACACACUCAGCUCUUCCAGUCUUCUCACAAAUGCUGACUACAUGACUGGUCAGAUUUACGACCUGUCGGACAAGCUGGAGCAGUCAGAGGCCCAGCUGGGGAGAGGGGGCUUCAUGCUCGGGAUGGACACGCAUGAGAAAAAGUCGGAGGACAAGCUACUCAAGGCAACCAAAGAUGGGUGCAAGACCACCAUUGAGGCUAUUCAUGGUCUCAUGUCACAGGUUAUUAAAGACCGACUGUUCAACCAGGUCCAUUUACCCUCCCCUCAGUGAAGUGACCGAGUCUUUGCUACAGAUGUAUAUAAAUUGAUGGGGUCUCCUUGUAUUGGGGAACCAUGUACUGCGCCAUUAUUUUGUUUGCAGAUCACCAAAGUUUAUGAACAUGAACUCGCUGCAAAUUACUGAAAUGGAACAACUUUUGAAGAUAAUACAUGCAGAUGGGGGGGGGGGCACAUAGUUAUGUUUGAUGCUUAAUUACUGUAUUCUCAGACUUGAUGACAUAUACAUGAGAGACCAAAAACUUAGUCUUGUCUGUAAGUUUUCCUUUGCUAUAUUAAGUUUUCUUUUGGUAAAUAUGAUGAAGCUAGGUGAGUUUCUUGCAUAUAUAUAUAUAUAAAUGAGUAAAUGACAAACUUUACCACACAAUCUUUAGUUUGUAUGUAUUUGAGUAGGACUCCGGACCUCCAUCGCUCAGUUUACCAUUGGCUAUAAACACUAGGAUGGGUCCAAUUUUACUGUCCAUUGGUGUCAGGAUUUACAUAUAAGUAAAGUGUAUGAUUGGUAAUUGUUUUUCUUGAGUACGGGAAAUAAAGUGUCAAGAUAAACAUAAAAUGAUCUGAUCGUGCACACACUAAAGUUUAUUCUUACUCAAACACACACAAGUCAGAAGGAAUACAUGGGUAAGUGAUUUGUAGUGUCAUUAUACCAGCCAUUCACCCAGGUGAAGUUUGCCAGUGAGUGGUAUGUAUGAGGGAGGAAAGUUUGCAAGUACUUACCUACUUCCGUACACCAUUGAGCUUGUAAUCUCAGUGGUUUGAGACAUCCGCCCUGGCAUCUUGUAAAGACUGACCCCAGGAACCUAUCAGUGUGGGGCUACAGUUCUACCCCAGGAACCUAUCAGUGUGGGGCUACAGUUCUCACUUUUUUCUCCUAUUAAUCUAGGGUUUAAGUUUCUGCUGUUCUUCUAUUUUAUGUCAGGGGUUUCAGUUCUUGAUUGUCUUCUAUGACAAAUUAAGGAAAAAUUAAACCAUUCUGGUGAACUUAUGUGAAUUGCAAUAAUUAUUUCAAUGUGGCAUAAGAUACAGUUCAGAAAAUGUAUCACUUUUUGAGUGUCACCACAAGAUCUUGUGAUUAUUAAUUAACACUUGUGAUUUUAGCGAACAUCAGUUGUCAAAAAACUGGAAAAGAUCAGGGCCUCAUUUUAAUGCAAAAAGUUCCAUAUAUGUUGUGUCUCAUCCCAUGAAAACAGUUCCUUUUAUUGUGAAAAUGUGCUAUUGUUCCAACUUUCCAAUUUAAAGUGUACUUGUACAGAAAGUGCUGUCAAAUGUUGACAAUAAAUACUUAAACUAUGA